AUUUGCCCAGACCGUUCCCCGUGCUGCAGACUGCAAGGGUCACGAAAGGUUUACACAAGCCCUGAAGCUGGAGGAGGCCUCAGCAUGGGGAGGGGGAAGCAGAUGUGUGUCCAUUUAGAGGGGUAGCACGCCCUAUAGGUGCACACCCCCAUGCUGCUGCCCCUUGGCUUCCACAUCCAGCAGCAGAGCAAACAAAACAAAGCACAGCACGCGAACGUGGCUGGAAAUACUGAGCUUCAAACAACAAUGCAGCACAAAGCCUCCAGCCCUGCCCUUGGCAGAAAACCUGAUGUGUUUAACAGCCCCCCGCAGGCUGCAGAUAAAUGCCCGCCUAUGCCGCCAGCAUUCCUUGAAAACUUAUAUUGUUGCUGGAAAGAGAGGUGGAAACCUUUGUCAGCACUGCCUUUUCAGAAUGCAGCCGGCGAGCCAACAGAUGGGUCCAUUUCUGCAGGGCUCUGGUGCAUCAUCCUUUAUAAAUGGGAGUCACCUUUGCGAUUUUCCAUGUACUGGGAGAAGUGUUUUGACCUCUGCCAAAGGCCAGCGUGCAGGCUGACAUGGCCACCCCUCUUAACCUGACAGCUGAACCCUCCCCACAGCUGCUUUUUGAAGGUGGGAACAAUCCUUAGUGAGAUCCUGUCUCAAAGUGCAGGUUCUGGUGUCACUCAGGAAAAUCUGAGUGGUGGUGAUGCCUCGAAUAACACGGUCACUGUAACUGCUCACGGGCUUGUUUGGCACCGGCCUUUCAGCAGGUGAUUUUCUAGCUUUUGAAACUCUUUUUUGGUCCAGGUUUGCUGAUGGCAUUGUAGGGCUGUGCUACAGACGUAUUUUGACAUUAAAGGGUGGAAAGCAGAGUAGGGUAGCAGCAGCCACAGCCCUCUUCUUGUCUUACUGCCUGCUUGCUGUGCUUGGAACCUCCUCCUACAUCCUUGGCUGGAGGCACAGCUGCUGAUGAAAAAGGGUCCAUUGAUCCCCAUUGGCAGCAAUGUGACCCCUCUCUCUAUUGUGUGUGCACGUAUAAUGCCCAAACCAUACCAACAGGAAGAAUUACAUUGUAUGCAAAGAUGGGUUUUACUGCAGAAAAAGUGGUGCCCUCUGCUUAGCAGUUUAUCACCUGCUGAGAAAAAUCAAACAAACCCACAGCUGCACCUGGAUGGGUUUGCUGCCUGUAGUGUAUUGCUUCAGCAUCUCCAGCUAGCAAGGCUGUGGUCAAUUAAUGUUGUUUUUGAAGAUGAGCACAUGAACAGGCCUUUGCUGGGCUGCUGGUCCAUACCCCAAAGAGGUGGAAAUGUGUGGCUCUCGCCUCCUGUUGAUGUUUGCUGGCUGCAAGGGGGGCUGAACGCUGCUCCUCAGGCUCUGCUUUCUGCUUGACCGACGCCUGUGCUUUGCAGAGGUGCACCUGGCACAGAGCCUGACAGCCCAGCAGUCUCCGCAUUAAACUCCAUGGAAAAAGGGUUUACAUCACUGAUGCUUUAACCACACCGUUACAAAAUCCCCAAAGCCCCACCCUUCCUUACUCCCUGAGAGGAAUGACUCUGAAAUACUUCAGCUUUUCCAUUACUUCUCCUGCCUGGCGAUGUGUUGCUGAGGCCUGCCUGCAGGUGAGGCUCAGCUGCUGUGGGCCCAGCUUGGCCGGAGUUGUCCCCAGGGCCACAAAAUGGCGGGUGUGGAGACUGCUGUGCCUCCUCCCCUGCUUUGUUCCUUCUCUUUUUCCACCAGAGGAAUGUUUCCUGCUCUCAGGCACUGGUGGGAUGAGGGGGCUGUGUUUGUGCCAAGCCCCCACAUGGCUGCCCUCCCUCAGGCUGCAGCGUUGCAAGGGGAAAAGGGCUUUUCCAGGAUGUUUUGAAGGAAAGAAUAACGCUGCUUGUGAGAAAGGGUGUUUGCCUGGAGAGAGUUAUGAGGGAAUUGGUAAUUGUCCCACCUGGAGUGAGCAGCUGUGAGGGGAAGGAAGGGAGGAGGCAGGUAGAUGGCUGGAUGCUGCCUGGGUUAUAGCUGCUGGGUUUUUGUAUGCUGUGAGGACAGGAUGUCUGUGCUGGCUGGAGAGCUGUUCUGGCUCAGUGUGGCAGAGGACAGGUGUUGGUGGUGGCCCUGUCCUCACAAGUGGAGUGGCUGUUGUUGGUGCUGGUGUUAACCCUGGCCUUUGGGUGCCAUGGCAAGUGAAAAUCAGGAGGGUAGUCAAGCCCACCCAAGGGGUGCAGGACCCUCAUUCUGCAUGGCUGCGCCUCAAAAUAGUUUUGAUGUGCAAAAACGGGCCUGAUUGCAUAGAAGAUUCCUCGCUCUGCAGCUGCUGAGUGGUUGAAUUAAAGCAGGCUGGAGAUCUACAGUGUCUGAGAUCUACAACAUCUGUUCCUUCACAGUGUGGACAAGCUCCCUGCUCUCAGGGCCCAGCAGUUACAGCGUGGGCACCAUGUCGGAGCGCUUUGACUGCCACUACUGCCGCGACUCGCUGCAAGGCAAGAAGUACGUGCAGAAGGAGGGCCGCCACUGCUGCGUCAAGUGCUUCGAGAAGAUCUGUGCCAACACCUGCAUCGAGUGCAAGAAACCCAUCGGUGCUGACUCCAAGGAGCUGCAUUUCAAGAACCGUUACUGGCAUGACAGCUGCUUCCGCUGCUUCAAGUGCCACAUGUCCUUGGUCAAUGAGCCCUUCAUGCUGAGGGAGAACAACAAGGUCUGGUGUAGCAACUGCACUGCCACUGAGGAUGCACCCAGGUGUAAGGGCUGCUUCAAGCCUAUCAUCGCAGGAGACCAAAAUGUUGAAUACAAGAAGAUGGUCUGGCAUAAGGAUUGCUUCACUUGCAGCCAGUGCAAGAAAGUGAUUGGAUCUGGGAGCUUCUUCCCAAAGGGUGAUGAAUUCUACUGUGUCUCCUGCCAUGAGCAUAAAUUUGCCAAGACCUGUGCCAAAUGCAAGAAUCCCAUCACUUCUGGAGGUCUCACUUACCAGGAACAGCCUUGGCAUUCCGAGUGUUUCAUUUGCUCCAACUGCAAGAAGCAAUUGGGUGGGAAGCGCUUUACAGCUGUAGAGGAUCAGUUUUACUGUGUUGAGUGCUACAAGGAAUGUGUUGCCAAGAAGUGUGCUGGCUGCAAGAAUCCUAUUACAGCAGGAUUUGGAAGAGGAACCAGUGUGGUUAACUACGAAGAUGAAUCCUGGCAUGAUUACUGUUUCAAAUGCACAAAGUGUGCCCGUGGUCUGGCCAACAAGCGCUUUGUUUGCCAUAAUGGAAAAAUUUACUGUGCUGAGUGUCCCAAACGACUGUAAGGAACAGACAGCAACUGAUUUAAAAAGGAUUUUAAAGGCCCGCUUUUCAAAAUAGUCCUGGUAAAGGUGCAGGUUUUGCAUGUUAAAGAGUUUUACCUUUUUCAAUUUUAGUAUAAAAACAACUAAAAUAGAGCUUGAAUAUAAUGGGUAUGAGUUUUGAAGCUCCUGCAGCAAGAAAGCAUGUACUGCUGCAAAAAGCUAACACUGCCUUCAAGUAACUAUUAGUUUAAAGGCUUGAAAGAACACUUAGAUUUUAGCAUUAGAAAAUCCAAAUACUACCAUAAUCUGUGUGUGGUUUAAACUAAAACAAAGCUAGUUUUAAACUUGUUUAGUAUAGGUUUAAGCUUGGUGCUUACACUAAGUGGUUUUGACAAGGCAUGCACUCAGAAAGGGAGAUGCAGACAUUGCACCCAAGAUUAGAGAGAUCCAUUAUUGUCCUUUUGCAAGUACAGGUACAUUACAUAUAUCACACUAUGAACAGCAGCUCAAUAAUAAGUACCUUUGCUUAUUUACCAUGCCAAAUUGCAACAAGUAUAUGGAGUGGCUUUAUCUUACAUACAUAUAACAACAUUUUGGCAGUACAAUUUAGUGUUAGUUUUAAGUUUCCAUAAACUUGUUUUGUUUUUGAUUUCUGCAUGGUUUGCCCUAAAGUUUUGCUCACUAGCUUUUUUUACAUCAUGUUCAAUAAGGUUGUCUACAUCCAAUUAUUAAUCCACUAAUAAGCAACUCUUUCAACUACUGCAGAAUGCACGUUCAUUUAGAAGUUCCUUAACAAUAGCUCAGAUGACCACAGCUCUCCUAUCAUGUCAGUGUACGUUUUAUGAUUUAAUAAAAAUGAGACUAGUGCCUGCCUGGACUCCUACAGUCUGGAAAACUGUUGUUUUUUCAUUUUGCUAUCUUAUAUGAUAGACAUCUCUCAUGGCUGAGCUACUGAGAUUGAGUCUGAUAUCUUGAUAUAGGAAAGAGCUGUUCUGCCAGCGUCCUUAGAUACAUGAGGACUAGAGCAACAAUGUACAUAAACUAAUUAGAAAAAUACAUAAUUGACAGUGGACCAUCUGCCAAAAACAGCUUAUGUGAAAAAAACCUUUUGGAGAACACACAAUCAGCCACUGUCCAUACACAUCUAUUACCUUUUAGUGACCUAUGUGCUGGUUUGAAGGAUUUUCAUGCUUUUGUUCCACCCCCCAUCACAGUCACUGAUCCACACAGUAAUAUUUAUGAACUGGAUGCUGCUUCAGUCAUUCCCCUUCAUACACAAGAACCUACCAGAAAAAGAAAUACCCCAACAAAGGGCAGCAUCUUGCUGUUACCAUGAUGGUCACAGCUCCACAAUGGCCACGGAGCACUGCAAGACUUACCCUUAGAACAACAAGGUGCUGGUCCUACAAGUACAAGGCGAAGGUUUGCAGUAAAAAGCAAGUUAAAGAAUUCAACAGUUAUGAGAAUCUCAUAGGUGCAUACAAACACAGUGAUAUCUGAAGGUGUUUGUUAGUACAAAUCCCUUUCCAACUGCACAAAUGCUACUGCCAAAGAGGCACCUGGUUUGGGACUCUGCAGGAAGGAGCAGUUAGAGCAGUACCAGAGGGCACCUCAAGGCAGGUCAGCACGGCAAGGGGCUGGAGCCUCCUAGUAAGGUAAUGUUUAGCAUUACAGAAAUAAAGCAAUGUUCAACUGCAAAGUUUAUUUAACAGUGCACACAUAUUUACACAGAGCUGUAACAGACCGUUGGACAAAGAGUAUCAGCACAGAAAAAAUAUCUGCAUCUUCUGUUAGGAUGAUUGUCUCUGCCACAAUGAAACAGCUUAUCAUACAAAAAUACAUCUUUCUUUUCACCUAAGGCACUGUUCUAAAGUCUAAGAAGUACUACCAUGUGCUGCAUAGCAAACGGAGUAAGAAGGCUGAGGCUUUCCUAUUGCAAUCGUUGGGGGAAAAACAUUUUUAGUUCCAGCAAAACCAUUUUCAUUAACCGCUGAAAAUGCAGCUGCCAUUUGGAUGAUUCAUCUGAAUUGAAGUAUCAGCCAAGUGUUUAUAGCAGGGUUUGAGACAGCUAUUCUUUAAAUUAAUCGCUUAAUUAUUCAGUAUCUCUGUUACAGGAGACGUAAGAACAAUACUGCAUUAUUACUUCUAAUAGCAGCUCUUGGAAGAUGCUUGGUUAAUCUCUUCAUGCUGCAAAAGCAGGCAAGUUCAGGUUAAAUAGAUUACUUAAUGCAGGCUUUAGGGGAUGGGAAAUAUAUAUGCAGCUUGCAGUCACUAUUAUAAAGCUAGAACAGGAAUACUUGGAGUAAUUAACAUGAACAAAAUAUGACUUCAGUGAUCUAAUACUGUUAUGUACACAAUAAAAUAAUACUUCACAAGUGUAGAUAAAUAAUUCAAAAGGAAAACACUUUUAAAAGCAGGACAUGUUAAACUGCACUAUGACAAACGUAUCCAGGUAUUCAACAGUUUUGCAGUAUAUUAGUGCACAGGCUGUAAAAUGUUUUGAUGUUUUCCAAUAGAUUAAAACAUAUUAGUGAUGACACAACAAAUGCAUUUUGAAACCGCCAAUAUUUUUAUGUUAGAAAAUAAGACAUUUUUCCAGAACAUUACCACUGGUAUUCAGCUUUAACACACACUGAGCAAGUCUUCAAGUGCCAUUUUAGGAAUAUGCAAAAUCUGGCCAGUAGCUAACUGGGAAGUCCCCAGUGGCACACUGCUGUGCAUUACACUGAUAGGAAAACAAAAGGACUCAAACAGGUUAGUGUAAAGUCUGUAAAAGGGAAACGAGUGUUACUUGAACAAGGACAUCCUCUCUAACAACUAAACAAAUGGAAAAGGAACAUCAGCACAAUAGUCUCCCUGAAAUGUUUCAAGGUGCAAAUCUAGAAGUUUGUCAGCCCUCUCUGGUGUUAUUUUUUGCAAACUUGAAGAUGGAUAAAGGUAAACAAGCAGCUUUUCAAAACAAGGCCUUCGGUACUUGAUAGAGCACCAGAUUACUGAAGUGCAAUCAGAUUAUUUCCAGGUCUCAAGUGUUCACAGUUCUGUCCAAAGAGCAAAGAAAAGAAAGUGUAACCAUCAUACUGUGUGUAUUCUACAUAAAUCUGUCCUCACUGUCAGAGUGUACAUCCAGGAAGGUAAGAACAGAAUCAGUGCAACAUCAGCAUAGUAGCUUUUUUUUUUCAAAAACAAGGUAUAUGAGUAUUCAUUUCCAAAGCUGUGUAUGCAACUCUUAAAGCAUAUUGUCUCUAAACACAUUCAAGUUCAGAAUUAAAAGGCAACACUUUCUUCACUAAGAAAUGAAUGAUUUUGAGCAUAAGAAAAUGCAAUCGGCAGAAUCACAUGAAAUCAUUCUGUUCUCAGACUACUCAGCAGAGGCCCAAAGGAAGUCUCAGUGUGUCUCUAUGUCCAUCAGAGCACAACUCACAAGACGCAGAGUGACAGAGGAGACUCAGGAAACAGUUCAGUCUAGAAAAGUGCUACACUUUAAUUAAAAAAAAAAAAAAGUGCUACACAUCACUGAAAGAAACUGUUGAUACCAAGUCUUGUUUCUUCCCACUGUCAUUUACUUCAUCUGUUCACGCAGUCAUUUAUCUCAUGGACAGAGAUCUUCUGCUGUGAGUACGUUCACAUGGGGUUUAGCUCCAACAACUGAGCAGUUUAAUCUUAAGAAAACUAGCACACCAAGGCCUCUCUGACACUACACUGCAUCAGGGUCUGGGUUCUCAAGUACAUGGGCUUCAGAUGCAGCCUGAUUUCUUCCAGAAAAUUCUGAAUAUUUUGUGUGUAGCUUUAUUACUCCUCCUAACAUGUAACACAACCGUCUGUGGAAUUUAAGGUUGGUGUUACUCCCCUUCAGUGAAGCAAAAGCCUAUUCUACAGUAAGUAUAGAGGACAGGUACCUUGCCAGAGCCUGAAGAGACCUCUUAAAGACCAUGCAGGUCAGCAUUAAGUUACAGAACAUGCCUAGGAGUGGAAAGGGGAAAGUAGCCAGGUCUUGUCUGUAGAGUUACAUCAGACACCUAUUCAACUGUUAGUAUCUUCAAAAGUAACACGUGCCAUUUAAGACAUCUUAGAAGAAAUCAAAAUAGAAGAACAAAACAGAUGGGCUUGAGUGCUGACAGGGGAUGCAGGAGCUAAACAGGAGCUUGGCUUUGUCUUUGGAAGAGCCUUCGUGUCAGGCCUUAGCUGCUGCAUAGAGCAAAUCCCUAACAAGGCAUCAACUGGUGACUUCUUUUGACAGAAUGCAAGUUGCAAGCAUUAAAGAAAGAGCUUUCCCUCCAGUCUACACAUUGGAGAAAGUGCCUU